CUAAAUAUCACAAGCGGGUAAGAACCAGAUGUCUUCUUCGUCCCCAUUUCAGUUUCGCUCGCAAGAGAGAAAGCCCUAGAAUUUUCCAUAGCCUUUCUGCGUAAACUCUAAUUUAAUCAGGCCCUCCUUUACUCCAUACGCAAAACAUGAGCCGCUAUGACAGCCGCUCCACCGAUCCCGGCUCGUACCGCGACCGGAGAAGCGAUUCAGGGUUCGGCGGGGGUUCGUCUUACAGCGGAGCUCGUUCGUCGUCGGGAAGGAGAGAUUACGAGGGGAUUGAGUCGCCUCGGAAGUUGGAUUUGGAUGGAUUGCCUCCAUUCGAGAAGAAUUUCUAUGUGGAGUCUCCGUCCGUGGCAGCGAUGUCGGAAAGUGAGGUUGAGGAGUACCGGAGGCGGCGGGAGAUCACCAUUGAAGGUCGGGACGUGCCAAAGCCAAUCAAGACUUUCCGUGAUGCCGGGUUUCCAGAUUAUGUGCUGCAAGAAAUUGUAAAGGCUGGCUUUUCUGAACCUACACCAAUUCAAGCUCAGGGAUGGCCAAUGGCUUUAAAGGGUCGUGAUCUGAUCGGUAUUGCUGAAACAGGUUCAGGCAAGACACUUGCCUACCUCUUGCCUGCAAUCGUCCAUGUGAAUGCUCAGCCAAUUUUAGCUCCUGGAGAUGGCCCCAUCGUGCUAGUUUUAGCUCCAACACGUGAGCUUGCUGUUCAGAUACAGCAAGAAGCUACUAAGUUUGGUGCAUCAUCAAGGAUUAAAAAUACCUGCAUAUAUGGUGGGGUUCCUAAGGGUCCCCAAGUUCGUGAUCUCCAGAAAGGUGUUGAAAUUGUUAUUGCUACCCCUGGAAGGUUGAUUGAUAUGAUAGAAUCUCAUCAUACAAACUUGCGAAGGGUUACAUACCUUGUGUUGGACGAAGCAGACCGAAUGCUUGACAUGGGAUUUGAACCUCAGAUUCGAAAAAUUGUUUCUCAGAUUCGGCCUGAUCGUCAAACCUUGUACUGGAGUGCUACAUGGCCCAAGGAGGUUGAACAACUUGCAAGGCAAUUCCUUUAUAAUGCCUACAAAGUCAUUAUAGGUUCUCCAGAUUUGAAAGCUAAUCAUGCAAUUCGCCAGCAUGUGGAGAUUGUUUCUGAGAACCAUAAAUAUAACAAAUUGGUGAAGUUGCUGGAGGACAUCAUGGAUGGUAGCAGGAUUCUGAUCUUCAUGGAUACCAAAAAAGGAUGUGACCAGACUACUCGGCAGCUUCGUAUGGAUGGCUGGCCUGCUCUCUCUAUACAUGGAGACAAGAGUCAAGCAGAGAGGGAUUGGGUUCUCUCAGAGUUCAAAGCUGGCAAGAGUCCUAUAAUGACUGCAACAGAUGUUGCAGCUCGUGGUUUAGAUGUGAAGGAUGUGAAAUUUGUCAUCAACUAUGAUUUUCCGGGAUCCUUGGAGGAUUAUGUUCACCGGAUUGGUCGUACUGGAAGAGCUGGGGCCAAAGGAACAGCAUACACUUUUUUUACAGCUGCAAAUGCGAGGUUUGCAAAAGACCUCAUGAGAAUUCUCGAGGAAGCUGGACAGAAGGUCAGUCCUGAGCUGGCAGCAAUGGGUCGUGGUGCACCCCCUCCUCCAGGUCAUGGGGGCUUUCGAGAUCGAGGCCGGGGGUACAGUGGUGGUGGUCGCCCGUGGAACUAAUGGAACUGAUCUAGAAACGGGAUGUCGGCUAGGGAUAGAAAUCCAAACAGAAUAGAAGUGCUUGCAGUGUCUUGGGAUGGCAUGUAAGGAUCCGAUUCCAUUCAUCUUCAUAACUUCGUGGAGUAUUGCUUUGUAAAAUUGAGACACUCAUGAGCAGCAGUAUCUUCUUUCUUCCCAGAUGAACUUGGGGCACUACUAGCAGCGUUAGGAUUAUAUAUUAUUAGCAGUUUAUGGUCCCAGUCUCACAAUUACUUAGUAUUUUAUUUACGUGUUUAUUAUUAUUAUUAUUAUUAACUAAAGCUUUAAUCUCGGUAUUCUCCGAGGUUCACAACUUAAACAUCUUCCACACAGAGUAAUCCCCCACACCUUCAGUACAUGUUAGUCCUAGGUUUUGGCAUAUUCUUUUCCAUGUUAGUCCUGUAAACUUCUUUAGGUUCUUGUUAGUUUGUUAACGCAUAAGUCGUAUAUAUCACUAUUAACUUAUCAAGUUUUA